AUGGUGAAUUCAACUUUAUCUUAUUUCAUUCUUGGAGCUUAUAUGCAUGUUGGAGGUUUGAAAUAUUUCUGUUUCAUGUUAACUGCGAUGUUAUACGUUGUUAUCAUUACUGCCAACACAUCACUCACUGUGGUUAUCUGUAUGAACAGAAGCUUACAUGAACCUAUGUACCUUUUUCUGUGCAGCCUGUUUAUAAAUGAACUGUAUGGUAGUACAGGGUUCUUCCCAUUCCUUCUGGUUCAGAUCCUCUCUGAUAUUCACACUGUUUCUGCUUCUCUCUGCUUCCUGCAGAUUUUCUGUUUGUAUACGUAUGCAAAUAUACAGUUUAGUAAUUUAGCCAUCAUGUCUUAUGACAGAUACCUCGCUAUCUGUUGUCCUCUACAAUAUAACACACGGAUGACUUCUAACAGGUCAGUCAUCUUUAUUAUUGUGAUAUGGUUGUACUCAUUUGUGAAAUUUCUUAUUACUUUAUCCUUAAACAUCCGUUUGACAUUGUGUGGAAACAUCAUAAACAGUUUGUAUUGCAAUAACUACUUUAUUGUUAAGCUGGCAUGUUCUGACACCAAAGUCAAUAACAUUUAUGGGCUUUUUGACACUUUUCUCUCCGUCGUAGUCCCUCUGUUUCCAAUCCUUUUCUCUUAUAUGAAAAUUCUUAAAGUUUGUUUUUCUGGUUCUAAACAGACCAGACAGAAAGCCGUCAGUACCUGCACACCUCACCUCGCUUCCCUCCUUAACUUUUCUUUUGCAUGUUUGUUUGCAACACUUCAGAGUAGAUUUGAUGUGAGCAGUGUUUCCAGUGUGCUGAGAAUCAUUGUGUUGGUUUAUCUGCUGAUCAUUCCAGUUCUGAAUCCUAUCAUGUAUGGACUGCAAACGUCAAAAAUACGAAAUCUGUUCUGUUCUAAAAUGUUGGCCGGUCAUAGAGAUACUAUGUAGAUGUGAUGAGAAAAGAGUCAGUAAAUCAUUCAUUUGUAACACUUUGCAUUGAAACAUUUAGAGAUUUGAAAAGUACUGACAGUGUCUCACUGCCAAUGAAUAAUGUAGAUUGUGAUGUAUUGAAAUAAAGUUCCAGUAAUUAAUUUAAAGAAUUUUAAGAGGUCAAGGUGGAUCGUGGACAUUGACAGACAUUUUUGUAUUAAACCAACACCAUGAUCUUUCCCUCACCUUAACCAAAUGCUGCCAGAGUCUAAACAAACCCAUAAAACUGUUUGAUAAUGAUGCAGUCACUACAAGCUGAUAUUGGACUGCAAUAUCAGAUAUUUUGGCAGGCAAACAUUCCCGUCUCUAUUCCAGAGAAACUCGACUGUCUCGUGAGAGGAUCCCCUUGUAGCAGAAAUGCUCGAUAUUUGCAAAACAUGGCAGAUCCUGUCACUGUGGACGACAACAUUUCAGCAUUGAGAAAAACACACACCUGUGUAUUUUUAUUGCUUGU